GCUAUCUGACAGACGCCCGCCCCACGUGUUCUUGUCUCCUGGACCGCGGCGCCGGCCUGACUUGAGCUCGGAGCUGCCCGCGUGCCGCGGGGACGGAGACCCCGGAGCCGCUCUCGGCUGCGCAGCGAGGGGGCCGUGAGGGAGCGCGCGUGAUCCAGCAGGUGACUGAUCCACAUAUUAAAAGGAUAUGGCUGCACAAAUAUCAGAAACUGAUCAGAUUAAACAGUUUAAAGAAUUUCUUGGAACUUACAAUAAACUCACAGAAACUUGUUUUCUGGAUUGUGUUAAAGACUUCACAACAAGAGAGGUCAAACCAGAAGAGUCUACCUGCUCAGAACACUGCCUACAAAAAUAUUUAAAGAUGACACAAAGAAUAUCCUUGAGGUUUCAAGAGUAUCACAUUCAACAGAAUGAAGCUCUGGCUGCCAAAGCAGGACUCCUUGGCCAACCGCGAUAGAAAAGUAUUUAUGGAUGGACCUUUCCGUAAAGCAGUACAACAGUUGUUGUAUUGGAAAGUGGGAGUUCUUCUGAUCUUAAACUGUUGGGGAUAUUUUCACCAUGUCAGUGAUUGUGAGCAUUUGGCAGGUGGAAACCACUGGAGAAACAAAUGUGCUUCUUGCCAAGAAUGAGCAAAGUACAAGAUCUUGUCUUAUUGUGCAAUGAAAAUAUGAAGAUGCAGCCUUUGUUGGGGCCUUAAAAUUCAACGGCUUGGCCACUUGAUUAGCAAAAUAAACCAUUGUUUCUUCAA